AUGCUUCUUAUUGCACUUGGAUUGGUUGCAGCCGCUGCGGCGAUGCCUUACCAACCUCCUUCGAAUUCACCUGUUUACGAACCUUCAAUGGCUGUCCCAGAGCCCGUGGUAUAUCUUCCUCCAACUUUUAACAAUGCUGUUCCCGCCAACGUUCGCGGUGGACGUCACCAUCCAGAUUUCCUCGAUAUCUUCUAUGGACCACGACCUUUCGAGUAUCCCUUCUUUGGCCAUCAACCUCCGCUCCCUGUCUUCUGGAUGCCACCCCGACCUGCGCCACAAUAUGUGCCACAGCAAAACCCAGCUGGUUACUACUGA